AUGAUCCUCUUCGAGCAAGACCAAGAAGACCACCAAGAAGAAGAAGAAGAAGAUCAAGAAGAUCAAGAAGAAGAAGAUCAAGAAGAUCAAGAAGAAGAAGAAGAAGAAGAGCAUCAAGAAGAGCAUCAUCAAGAAGAAGAUCAAGAAGAUCAAGAAGAAGAAGAAGAAGAAGAGCAUCAAGAGCAUCAAGAAGAAGAAGAAGAAGAGCAUCAAGAAGAAGAAGAAGAAGAAGAGCAAGAGCAUCAAGAAGAAGAGCAUCAGGAGAUGAAAGUUCGUUUUUUGUCGACAAAGACAAGUGACGCCACAUUCUCGAUGAAUCGCUCGAAACGUAUAGAAGUAGAAAGUGACAUUGCCGAAGAGAAAGUGGUAUGA